AAAGGAAAAGAAAAUAGAGAGACAAAAUGAGGAAGAGUCAUGUGCGUUUGAACUGUGGCAUUACAAUGCCUCUUAUUGGACUUGGCACUUAUUCUUUCCCAAAUGAUAGGAACAUAACUGAACUUGCCAUCCACAAUGCUCUUCAGAUUGGUUAUAGGCAUUUUGAUACAGCAAAGAUAUAUAGUUCUGAGCCAGCAGUGGGAAAGGCAUUGAAUGAUGCAAUGUUUGAUGGAGUUGUAGAAAGAGAGGAUAUUUUCUUGACAUCAAAACUUUGGGGGAGUGAUCACCAUGAUCCUGUUUCUGCAUUGAAAAGAACUCUACAGAACUUGGGAAUGGAAUAUCUGGACAUGUACCUGGUGCAUUGGCCUAUAAAGUUGAAGCCAUGGGUAAACUAUCCAGUGCCUAAUGAAGAUGACUUUGAAAACUUGGACUUUGAAGUCACAUGGGCAGGAAUGGAGAAAUGCCUUCAAAUGGGGCUGUGCAGAUCCAUUGGGGUUAGCAAUUUCUCUUCCAAGAAGAUUCAUUGGCUCUUAGAUUUUGCUUCCACACCUCCAGCUGUUAAUCAGGUGGAAAUGCAUCCGAUGUGGAGGCAAGAGAAGCUGAGAGAGACAUGUGGGGACCACAAGAUCCAUGUAAGUGCCUAUUCACCACUGGGUGGGCCAGGGAAUGCAUGGGGAUCCACUGCUGUUGUUCAUAAUCCCAUCAUCCAAUCAAUUGCCUUCAAACACAAGGCAACUCCUGCACAGGUUGCAUUGCAAUGGGGACUGUCAAGGGGGUCAAGUGUGAUUGUGAAGAGCUUCAAUGAAGAAAGAAUGAAGGAAAACAUGGCAUCAUUUGAUCUGAAAUUGAGUGAGGAAGACAUAUUGGAGAUUCAGAAAUUGGAGCAAAUGAAGAUUAUGAGAGGGGAAUUUCUUGUUAAUGAAACCACAAGUCCCUACAAAACAAUUGGAGACCUUUGGGAUGAUGAAAUUUGA